AUGGCUGAUUUUGGAGAGAACAAGACCGCCGUGGGUUCACCGGUUGCCGGCUGGAAAGCUGCGGCAGGAGGAGCCGCGGUGAGCCCGGAGACGCACCGAGGGGAGCCGGUGUCCAACGGAAACUGCGGCGUGUCAGACGCAGUGAAGAGGAUCCAACACGAAGCCAGCUGCGAGUCCCAGACGUGGGAGAGUGGGGUCGGGUCGAUCCCCCGACGCAGCAGUCUGAUCAAGGAUGGGUCACGUGGCAGUCGGGAGAGGAAGAAGACGGUGUCCUUCAGCAGCAGCCUGUCAGAAAAGAAGAUCAGCAGUGCUGCAGACUGUAUCCACUCCAUGGUUGAGGGGAUUGAGCUGAAGAAAAUCCGGACCAACUCCCGUGUUUACCAGCGUUACUACCUGCUGGACGCAGGCCUCCAGGCUCUAUGCUGGGAGCCAUCCAAAAAGGAUUCAGACAAGGCCCGCAUCUCUCUGGCCUCCAUAAGAGAGGUACGGACAGGUCGUAACACAGAAACUUUCCGCACCAGUGGCGUUUAUGAGCAGAUUUCCGAGGACUGUGCGUUCUCCAUCAUCUAUGGAGAGAUGUAUGAAAGCUUGGACCUGGUGGCCAAUUCUGCUGAGGUGGCUAACAUCUGGGUGACAGGCCUGAGGUAUCUGAUGCAGUACGGGAAACACGCCCUGGACAUGCUCUCCAGCAGUCAGGACAGCCUUCGUCUUGGCUGGCUGGAGAAGUUGUUCUCCUCCGCUGCUGAUUCAGACGGACAGGAAGACGUCGAGGAAGGGAUCCGCUUGCAGUUGGCCGUUAGGCUGAUACAGAGCGUGAACCCCGGGGUCGGCGGCCACAAAGUGGAGCACAGGUUCAAAGAGCUUCAAAGAGUGAGGGAGAGGAUGUGUGGGCUGACUUUAGAUAAUGAACCUGGAGUUAAAGAUCCUGUUGAAAACAAAAGACUAAUAGGGAGAAAUGAGCGAGUCACCAGGCAGGAGUUCAUCGAGGUCUUCCAUGACUUCUGCACGCGUCCGGAGAUCUACUUUCUGUUGGUGCAGUUCUCUAGCAACAAGGAGUUCCUGGACACCAAAGACCUGAUGAGGUUCCUUGAGGCUGAGCAAGGCAUGACUCAAGUGAGCGAGGAGACCAGCUUGAAGCUCAUCCAUUCCCACGAGCCAUCGGAGGAGGGCCGGCAGCAGGGAUACCUGUCCCUGGACGGCUUCACCAGCUACCUCACCUCGGCGGAGUGCCACCUCUUCGACAAGGAGCACGACACCGUGUGCCAAGAUAUGUCCCAGCCUUUGUCUCACUACUACAUCAGCUCCUCCCACAACACCUACCUCAUCGAGGACCAGUUUCGAGGUCCGUCCGACAUCUCCGGCUACAUCCGCGCACUGAAGAUGGGUUGCCGUUGUGUGGAGAUGGACGUUUGGGACGGCCCCGAUGAGGAACCGGUGGUGUGUACUGGACACUCUAUCUCGCCACCGCUGGCCUUACGUUGUGUGCUGGAAGCAAUUGGAAGAUUUGCGUUUGUGGCCUCGCAGUUCCCAUUAAUUAUAUGUAUUGAGAACCACUGUUCAGUUCAACAGCAGAAAGUGAUGUGGCAACAUCUCAUGAAGAUACUAGGGGAGAAGUUAUACAAAGAUCCGCCAAACGAAGGGGAGUCAUACCUACCAUCGCCGCAUGCUUUAAGGCAUCGGAUUCUACUAAAGGGUAAAAAGUUGGGGCCGGGUCCUGAUGGGAAGGACGGGGAGGUAAGUGAGGAGGAUGAAGGGGCAGAGAUGUGUCAAAAGUUGAAAGCAGCUAACAGUGGAGUGGCAGCGCCUGGAGGAAAUGAGAAGGACACGGUGCAGAAAAGUGUCUCCUUGACGGCCGUCUCUCAGUCUAAUCCUCCUCAUCUUCUUCCCAAACAUCUCCCCCUCUUGAAGGAGCUCUCUGACCUAGUGACUCUCUGCCGCUCAGUCCACUUUAUUGACUUCCCCACGUCGUCCAAAAGCCAAAACCCCUGGGAUCUGUGUUCCUUUCACGAGUCUCUGGCCGUGCGUCUCGCUGGCGAGAGCCCUGGAGACUUUGUCAACCACAACAAGCAUUUCCUGUCACGGGUUUACCCCAGCCCCAUGCGCAUUGACUCAAGCAAUAUGAACCCUCAGGACCUGUGGAAGUGCGGUUGCCAGAUUGUGUCUAUGAAUUUUCAGACGGCAGGACUGAUGAUGGACCUGAACACGGCCUGGUUCCGGCAGAAUGGGAACUGUGGUUACGUUCUGCGGCCGGCCAUCAUGCGGCAGGAGGUGUCUUAUUUCAGUGCGGACACCACAGACACGGUGCCCGGUGUGUCUCCACAGCUGCUCCAUGUGAAGGUGAUAAGCGGCCAGAACCUUCCCAAGCCGCGGGGUUCAGGGGCCAAAGGAGACGUUGUGGACCCCUACGUGUACGUCGAGAUCCACGGUAUCCCAGCUGACUGCACGGAGCGCCGCACCAGGACGGUGACCCAGAAUGGGGAAAACCCUGUCUUUGACGAGAGCUUUGAGUUGCAGAUCAACCUGCCGGAGCUCGCCAUGGUUCGCUUUGUGGUGCUGGAUGACGACUUCAUAGGGGAUGAGUUCAUAGGCCAGUACACCAUCCCUCUGGAGUGCCUUCAACCGGGCUACAGACACGUACCGCUCCAGUCUCUGACAGGGGAGGAACUUCCCCACGCCAAGCUCUUUGUCCAUGUGGCCCUCACCAAUCGGAGGGGAGGGGGAAAGCCUCACAAAAGGGGAAUGUCUGUGCGGAAGGCACGCAAGGGGAGGGACUACACAGCUCUGAGGGACCUGGGGGUCCGGGCUGUUGAUGAGGUUUUCAAGAUGGCUGGUCCACCGCUGAGGGAAGCCACCGACCUGAGGGAAAAUAUGCAGAACUCAGUAGCAGUGUUCAGGGAGCUGUGUGGGGUGUCGGCGGUGGCUAACCUCAUGCAGUGCGUCCUGGCUCUGGGCUCCAGGGUGGCAGGACCAGACGGGGCGCCUUUACUACUGUUCAACCUCCUCGACCACUUCCCCACACUGGAGCCCCAGGGGCCCCUGCCGGACGUCCUACGCCGGGUCGUCUCCACGUAUGAAAUGAUGGUCCAAGCGAGCAGAGCAGUGAUCGAGCUCUCCGAUGGAAUGCACGACAGGAUCCUACAGAUACAGACAAUGGCCAUGGAGUUUCAUGAGAAGCUGCAGAGUCUGGCAGCGAAGGAGGGGCUGAGGGGUCGCAAGGUCAGUCGGGCGCUGGAGAGUUUCAGCUGGAACAUCACCAUCCUUAAGGGUCAGGCUGACCUGCUGAAGCACGCCAAAGCUGAAGUCCAGGAGUACAUGAAGCAGGUCCACGACGCUGCUUUGACUGGAAACCUCACCAAGGAGAGGGCAGGAGUGAAAAGAGUCCGCUCCCAAACACGACGAGGCCAGGAGGACUAAAACCCACCACGAGUGUAAGAGGACCCCUCGACAUAGCAAGCAAAUGAAAGAGGACAUGACCAAAUUGCCAUUGUAGCUGCUGUAACAAACCCUUUUCAAUGUCAUUAAAAUGUUCUGUGGUCUUACUUUGCCUUAGUGUCAGACUUUCAAAACGCUAUGGUAGAGCUAUAACUAGUACCGUGUUUUCAAAAGAGAAGAAGAAGAGUGUAAGAAUGGCUGAAAGUCUUGAAAACGUCUUUAAAAUGCAGCUACUGUCCACCCACCUGUUGUGGAUAACAGUCAUAUCACUGCUGCCAGGACUCAGGAGAUAAAUGACGCUGGGGAAAUUAAUGUAGUAAAACAUGAAGCCAAGGCGUAGCUUUUUCUGCUGCAUUAAACUGUAAAUACAACAAAUGUAUAUCUCCCUCUGCUUAUGUGCAAUGUGUCUUGAAGAGGGAGGAUAAUUGUCAUUUUUCAGUGUGAGAUGAUUCAAGGCUCAGUGAAAGAGUGAUCAAAAAAAAUGUUACACUUAAAAAACAAACUGCCACCUUCAGAUGUUAGCAGCUUGUGCUUUUCAAAGCUACCAUCUAGCAGUAUCAAGCAAGGAUUCAAACUUUGCAAGAGUAUGUUUAAAUCGAACACACUUUCUCGAUUAUAGAAGUGGGAGAUAAGCAGGAGUCUGUGGAUGUUUUCUGUAUUUUACUAGUAUAUCUCUUGGACCAGUGCAGCCCCUUUAUAUCACUCUCCAACUUAUUCCCAUUAAGCAUUUGUAGGUCCUGGACUGCUGCUCGUCAUCCAAUCUCUUUAAGGUAUUUUCUCUUGCCACGUAAGCACUUCACCCUCUAAACAUUAUCACAUACAAUUCUAUAUUUUUGUAUUUUCCUGCAGCCCUUGUGCUAAUUAAGCCAGUUACCCGCCAUAAUGAUCAACUCCAGAUCUGUAAAUGUCUGCCUCUUGGGGAACAAGUACUGUUAUGUUGAAAGUGCUUACUAUGUGUGCAAAACACUGUACAGUAUUUUACUAUGUAGUUUCAAUCCUUUUGCUGUGAAGAAUAUUUUACAUAAGUUAUUGAUCCUGAAUGAAGUCAUUCCAGGCAUCGGUGCAGUAGACGAGGCUCGGCCUGUUCAGCUCUGUAAAAGUUUGCAGUUCAACAUUACCUUCCUUCAAUGUCGGGAUGUAA